AUGGGUAGAUUAGUUAAAUUACAAAACCCUGUUGGAUUACAAGAGUUAGUAGCAAAUGUCAAGUCCCUGUUAGGAUUAAAAUACGUUCAAGUGGCAACUAGCGAUAAACAAAAACAAAUCAGUUCAAUUGCCGUUUGUGCUGGAUCUGGUGGUGGUGUUUUCAAAACUGUCAAGGCUGAUUUGUACUACACUGGUGAGUUAUCCCAUCAUGAAGCUUUAUAUUUCAAAGAACUGGGUUCUGCUGUUAUCUGCUGUAAUCAUUCAAACACCGAAAGAGCAUUUUUAAAAGUUAUUCAACAACAAUUAAGAGACGAAUUACAAGUUGAAGACCAGCAAGUAUUGAUCAGUGAAACUGAUAAAGAUCCUCUCGAAACUUGGUAA